UUAUUCAAUGAUUAUAGUCAAGUAAAAGUAAACAGAUUUAAAUUUAAAAACGUGCUUGGAAGACAGUCAAAUUUUAAUUAGUUUUCAAUCGUGUUUUUUCAAUAGUAAUAUGGAUAACAAUUUGACAGGGGCUGCAGAAAUACAAAUUCGCUUAGUUACAAAGCAAAGCCAAUAUGCAGUGCCAGACGUCCCUUACACGAUCGAUGCUACUGUUUCAACCUCUGAUUUAAACAAUUUAAUAAAUACUUUGUUGUUUGGUCAAUCAGAUGUUAAAACGAUCAACUUCGAUUUUCUCAUCUUCAACCAGUUCCUUCAAGGAUCAUUAGUUGAUCAUGCUAAAAAUAAUAACGGUUCUUUUGAAAAUGUCAUUGAAAUUGAAUAUAUCGAAAAAUACCCAGCUCCGGAACCACAAGAUUGUCUUUUGCACGAUGAUUGGGUAUCGGCUGUUAAAACACAAGGAAAUUGGAUUCUCACUGGAUGUUAUGACAAUACGAUCAAUAUUUGGAGUACUAAAGGAACGCAUGUUUUGACAAUUCCUGGUCAUAGUAUGCCAGUUAAAGCUUUGUCUUGGGUCAGCUUAAACGAAAGGAAUGCACAUUUUAUAAGUGUGUCGCAGGAUCAAACUGCUGUAUUAUGGAAAUGGAACAUUGCCGAAAACUCUGUAUGUUCAUUAUGCAUUUACAAAGGCCAUCAGCGAGGUAUUGAUUGUGUAGAUGUAAACCCAAAUGCGAAUAUAUUUGCAACGGGAAGCUGGGAUACUGUUCUCAAAUUAUGGCCUGCUGUUUCUCAAGAAAUGGAUGGCGAUUUGGUUAUGAACGAUACAUCGAAAAAUUGUGCUACCAAGGCACCUCUGAUGAGUCUUCAAGGACAUAAGGAAUGUAUAUCUGCUGUGCAAUGGAUAGACUCUGAAACAAUCUUAAGUGGCUCGUGGGAUCAAACUUUAAAAAUUUGGAAUCUUAACUUAGAGGGAAUUCAAUCUGAAAUUACUGCCAAUAAAUCAUUUUUCGAUGUUAGUUAUUCUCCAUUGAACAAGCUUAUUAUUACUGCUUCAGCAGAUAAAGAUUUGCGGCUGUAUGACUCACGGUCAAAUCAUGGUCCUGUUAUACGAAAUUCAUAUUUGGGCCAUAGCCAAUGGAUUCAAUCGGUUACAUGGUCUAAGACAAAUGAGUACCUCUUUCUUUCUGGAGGAUAUGAUAAUCAAAACAAGCUUUGGGAUUUAAGAAGCACAAAGGCUUCACUUUAUGAACUUUUGGGACAUAGUGAUAAAGUUUUGGACGUUGAUUGGUCAAAUCCAAAAUAUUUCGUUUCAGGUGGUGCAGAUAAUUCAGUUCGUAUAUUCAAGUCACAAAAAACACUUAUGAAAAAUUAUUAAAUUAAAUUAUUAAAACAAAUGAAAUUGAACAA